UCUUGUUUAGAAUCCAGGAUGACAUUAGAAGCGUCUAUACAGACUAGAGCAUCCUACAGAAGAACUGUCCUAGAGCACCGGUAUCCCAGUGCAGCCAAGUGAGAGCACCCCCCCCCCCCUCUCUCUCUCCAAUGUCUUGCCGUAGAAAAGGAGGACUGUACCACUUCAUCCCUGUGGGGAGCAUGGAAGAAGUAUAAAUCAGGUGGUACUAGCCUGCAGAGACUGCAUGCAGUAUGAUCAUUGAGAGUUGAGGAAGAGCUAGAGGAAGGAGGCAGCUUGUCACAGCUGAUAGGAUGGCCAGACCUAAGAUGAAGAAUUCUCCUUCCGAAAUCAGCACCAGCUCCAAAAUCGUUCCACCAAUUACAAGAGAGGAUCUGAACGGCGUCAGCCCCCUGCUACCGGCCCGAAUUAUGGGCUCCUUGACAAGCGAUGCUGGCCAAAGGGCUCAUUCUGAAGAGUUCAGUCUGGAUCGAUCCUACUCACAGGUACAAGUGGAAUUCUAUGUCAAUGAGAAUACCUUCAAAGAGAGACUGAAACUUUUCUUCAUCAAAAACCAAAGAUCAAGCCUUAGAAUCCGUCUUUUCAACUUUUCCCUCAAACUCCUGUCCUGUCUUCUGUACAUUGUGCGAGUAUUACUGGAUGACCCAACGCAAGGGAUCGGCUGUUGGAGUUGUGACAAGCAGAACUAUACAACCAAAGGGUAUCCAAAUGGCAUCAACUGGGAUCCAAUAAUUUGGGUGGACCGCCAACCGCCACUCUGGGCCAUCCAAGUCACUGUGGCUAUCAUCAGUUUCCUGGAGACAAUGCUUCUAAUCUAUCUCAGCUAUAAGGGGAAUAUAUGGGAACAGAUCUUCCGAAUAUCUUUCAUUCUGGAAAUGAUAAACACCUUCCCUUUCAUCAUUACGAUAUUUUGGCCUCCUCUGCGGAAUUUGUUUAUUCCAGUAUUCCUGAACUGCUGGCUAGCAAAAUGCGUUUUGGAGAAUAUGAUUAAUGACCUCCACCGUGCUAUUCAGAGGACGCAGUCGGCCAUGUUCAAUCAGGUGAUCAUUCUGAUCUGCACUCUUCUGUGCCUUGUCUUCACAGGGAUGUGCGGCAUUCAGCAUUUGGAAAGAGCUGGGGAAAAUCUUUCACUCUUCAAGUCAUUUUAUUUCUGCAUUGUUACCUUUUCGACUGUGGGCUAUGGAGAUGUCACUCCUAAGAUAUGGCCAUCUCAGCUCCUGGUGGUAAUCAUGAUCUGUGUGGCACUCGUGGUGUUACCACUCCAGUUUGAGGAGUUAGUCUAUCUUUGGAUGGAGCGCCAAAAAUCGGGGGGGAACUACAGCCGUCACAGAGCGCAGACUGAGAAACACGUAGUCCUCUGUGUCAGCUCCCUGAAGAUUGACCUUCUGAUGGACUUUCUGAAUGAGUUCUAUGCUCACCCACGGCUUCAGGAUUAUUAUGUUGUUAUUCUCUGCCCAACGGAGAUGGAUCUUCAGGUUCGGCGAGUACUCCAGAUACCAUUGUGGUCUCAGCGUGUUAUCUACCUUCAAGGGUCGGCACUAAAAGAUCAGGACCUCAUGAGGGCAAAGAUGGAUGACGCAGAAGCCUGUUUCAUUCUGAGUAGCCGGAACGAAGUGGACCGUACUGCCGCUGACCAUCAGACCAUCUUGAGAGCCUGGGCCGUGAAAGAUUUCGCUCCUAACUGUCCUCUGUAUGUCCAGAUUUUGAAGCCUGAGAACAAAUUUCAUGUCAAGUUUGCAGAUCAUGUGGUAUGUGAGGAGGAGUUUAAAUAUGCCAUGCUGGCACUGAACUGUGUGUGUCCUGCUACCUCAACUCUCAUCACGCUACUUGUUCACACCUCCAGGGGGCAGGAAGGGCAGCAGUCCCCAGAGCAGUGGCAAAGGAUGUACGGGAGAUGUUCCGGGAAUGAGGUCUAUCACAUACGCAUGGGAGACAGCAAGUUCUUUAUGGAGUACGCAGGAAAGAGUUUCACCUACGCUGCUUUCCACGCUCACAAGAAGUAUGGCGUCUGCCUGAUAGGUGUGAGGAGAGAGGAAAAUAAGAGUAUUCUGCUGAACCCUGGACCUCGGCACAUCAUGGCCAGCUCUGACACCUGUUUCUACAUCAACAUCACCAAAGAGGAGAACUCAGCCUUCAUCUUCAAACAGGAAGAGAAGCAAAAGAAGAAGGGGAGAGGAAUCUAUGGGGAACCUUCUCGACUUCCUGUUCACAGCAUCAUUGCCAGCAUGGGCACAGUCGCAAUGGAUCUUCAGAACACAGACUGCCGUCCUGCAAACAGCAGCAAGCUCACAUUGCCAUCAGAAAAUGGUUCCGGUACCAGAAGACCCAGCAUUGCACCGGUUCUGGAAAUUGCAGACAGCUCUACAGUGUUACCUUGUGACAUGCUUAGUGACCAAUCGGAGGAUGAGUUGACCCAGUCAGAUGAUGAGGGUCUCCCAGUUUUGGAUUAUGUGAAAGGAUACCCACCAAAUUCACCGUAUAUUGGGAGCUCGCCAACUCUAUGCCACCUUCUGCCAUCAAAAGCUGCGUUUUGCUGCCUGCGAUUGGACAAGGGCUGCAAACAUAACAGCUUUGAAGAUGCCAAGGCCUACGGCUUCAAGAACAAACUGAUUAUCGUGUCUGCAGAGACCGCGGGGAACGGGCUGUAUAAUUUCAUCGUUCCCCUGAGGGCGUACUACAGAUCGCGCAAAGAGCUCAAUCCGAUCGUCCUCCUCCUGGACAAUCCGCCAGACAAUCACUUCCUAGAAGCAAUUUCCUGUUUCCCGAUGGUCUACUACAUGGUCGGCACCAUAGAUAAUCUGGAUAAUUUGCUGCAGUGUGGAAUCAUCUACGCAGACAAUUUGGUGGUGGUUGACAAGGAGAGCACCAUGAGUGCAGAGGAGGAUUAUAUGGCGGACGCCAAGACGAUCGUGAACGUGCAGACUAUGUUCAGGCUGUUCCCCAGUCUCAGCAUCACCACUGAACUAACACAUCCGUCAAACAUGCGCUUUAUGCAAUUCCGGGCAAAAGAUUGCUAUUCGCUUGCGCUUUCCAAGUUGGAAAAAAAAGAACGAGAAAAUGGAUCCAAUCUGGCAUUCAUGUUUCGCCUUCCAUUUGCUGCUGGACGAGUGUUUAGUAUUAGCAUGCUGGAUACAUUGUUAUAUCAGUCUUUUGUAAAGGAUUAUAUGAUCACCAUCACCAGACUGCUCCUUGGGUUGGACACCACGCCAGGCUCGGGCUAUUUGUGUGCGAUGAAAAUCACGGAGGAAGAUCUGUGGAUCAGAACGUAUGGUCGGUUGUUUCAGAAACUUUGCUCAUCCAGUGCGGAAAUCCCGAUUGGCAUUUAUAGGACUCAGUCACACAUGUUUUCCACAUCUGAGCCACAUGAUAUCAGAACACAGUCUCAAAUCUCAAUCAAUGUGGAAGAAUGUGAAGACACGAAAGACACAAAGGAGCACUGGACGGGUAAGCCCAGCCACAGGAACUCAACGUCCAGCGACCAAUCUGAGCACCCGCUGCUACGCAGGAAGAGCAUGCAGUGGGCACGGAGGCUUAGCAGGAAAGGGAACAAGCAGACAACUAAGACCGCGGAGUGGAUAAGCCAACAGAGACUAAACUUGUACAGGAGAUCGGAGCGUCAGGAACUCUCUGAGUUGGUGAAAAACCGUAUGAAGCACCUGGGCCUCCCAACGACGGGGUAUGAGGAUGUAGCAAAUUUAACUGCCAGUGAUGUGAUGAAUCGGGUAAACCUUGGAUAUUUGCAAGAUGAGAUGAACGAUCAUCAGAAUACCCUAUCGUAUGUCCUUAUCAACCCUCCACCAGACACCCGGCUGGAGCUCAAUGAUAUUGUAUAUCUUAUCCGGUCUGAUCCUUUAGCCCACGUUGCCAACGACACGCACAGCAGGAAGAGCAGCAACAGCUACAGAACGGAGCAGGUGGCAAAUCCAGAGACACGGGACGAGACGCAGCUAUGAGAACAAAUACAACUCGCGGACACUGUGCCUAAUAACACAAAGACAGACCUCUUUAUUUUGUAUUUCUGAAGAGCCAGAUUCAAACCGUGAGUUCCACGUUCAGUACAUGGAGACAAGGAGCAUCCAUGCAAAAGACAAUACCAGAUUCUGAACUCUCCUUGAACUCUUCACUGCCGGUAGGAGACACGAGAAACCUAAAAACAGCACAGAAUUGAGAGAUUUUGGUAAAAGAAUACUUUUUUUAGUCACCACUCCAGCCAACAGCUGAGUUUUGCCACUGUGUUAGGAAAGAACUUAUUUUUUGUCAACGGAGAAUAGUUUUGUUGCAUUAGAUAUCAUAUAUCAACAAUGGGCCAAAGGAGGUUAAUCAAAACCAACAAAUUUUGACCAUUUCUGAAACUAUCAUCAUCUCCUGGGCAAUGCCAUCCAAAUGUGAUAUUUCAGUUUUGGGGUCAACUUUGAACUUGCCCGCAGCAUUGCGAAACAGAAAUGUUAACGUUGAAAUAAUAUGGCUCUUUUUGGCUUAAAACUGAACCAUAUGUUACUGAUGUCAACGUUUUUGAUAAAACUAAUUCUCCUUUCACUUAUACCUAAAGUGUUUAAAGUACAAGUAUACUUUUAACAAAACUUUUGACCACCCACACCCCUUUUCCCCACAGCAAACUGCACUAACCCUCCCACCCUCUGCUCCCCAUUGACUUGAAUGGGCAUAUGGAGACUUGGUAUACAGCCCCAUUCAGGUCUCAAGAGAAAGUUUAGUUAAAGUAUAGGUGUCCUUUAAAAGUAUUAUUGUGUUGAUAUAAUAAAUAUGUUGCCAUAUCUAUAUCACAAGCUACAAUGUGUAGUUAAAAUAUGCUACAAUGAAAACAUAAAAGUUUUUUAUGAAAAA